CCUUCUAGAAAAGAAAAGUAGAUGUCACUUCCGUUUCAAUGUCAAACUUUUUUUCUUCUCAAUGGAAUAAAAUAAAAUUUCAAUUCAAGCAUGCCUACCUCCUAAUUUUUCAUUGUAUCCAAUAGAAAAAUUCGUGUGUCAAACACGGCAUCAGCAGCCAGCAGCCCACCUUUCCUUUUCUUUUUCACUUCCUUUUAUAUAUUACCUCCUUAAUAUUUUAAUUUUGAUGAAUGGGAAAGAGUUCAAAACAGAGUCAGUCAGUUUUGUUCGUGUUGUUCUCUGGUGUUGACCGAAGAUAUGGACAUGAAAAGUAAAGUUGUUGAUGUCUCCUCUUUCUUGCUCUUCGAGGCGACAGGCGAUUCGGAAGCUGGGUGUUUUGAUCCUGCCAUGUCUGUUGUUGACCGUGCUGAAAAUGAUGAUGAUGAUGAUGCAGAGUCGUGUAGCUGUGAUACUACAUCUGAUUUUCUUCAUGGUGUUAGACAGGUUAAUAGCUUAGAAGACAAAGCGAAUGUUGAUGAUGAUGAUCAUGAAGUUGAGGAUGGGGAGGUGGUGGAGCAGCAAAAGGAGGUUCAUUUGUAUGAAAAAUGCAGGGAUGAUCAGCGUAUUAAUGUAGGAGGAGUGGCAAAAGGAAAGGAAUUAUCACAUGUUUCUGUUGAUUCAACCAAAACCAUGAAUGAGAUGGAAAAGAGCAGGCUAUUUUGGGAAGCCUGCCUAGCAUCUUAGACUCUGGGUUUAACCAAAACCAUAGUCCCACUUCCAUAUAUGAGAUGGAAAAGAACAGGACUUAAGAUUAUAAAUUGUGGUUGUGGAUUUUCAUGCAAUCGCUUAAUUUCUAGUCCAGACUGCAAUGGAGAGGACACUU